AUGUACUUCGUGCCGGGGGUCCCCUUCAUCCCUAGCGAUAUCUCCGUACCCCCAGCAGCAGCAGCAGCAGCAGCAGCAACAGCAACAGCAACAGGAGCCGCAGCAGCAACAGCAGCAGGGAGGCCAGCAGCAAUAGGAGCAACACCAGCUGCAGCAGCAACAGCAGCAACAGCCGCAGGGGAACCAGCAGCAGCAGCACUAGCACCAGCUGCAGCAGUAGGAAAACCAGCACCAGCAACACCAGCAGCAACACCAGCAGCAGCAGCAGCAGCAGCAGCAGCAGCAGCAGCAGCAGGAGAGGGUCCUGCUGUUCGUCGUUGUGUGCUGCAAGUUGGGUGCGAGCAGAGUUUCGUAUUUGGUUUGUCUCUCCAGGAUGAGAGCCCUGCUUUCUUUCGCGAGUUUCGUAAGGCCUGGGCUGCAGCAACAGGCGACGACCUUGAGGAGGAAGACCCUCUUCCAGAUGAAUAA